AUGGCGGCCUUCAAAGCCCUGAUCGUCGGUGGAGGCGUCGCUGGUCCAACCCUCGCGCACUGGCUGGCACGCAUAGGCGCCCAUGUAACUCUGAUUGAGCGAUUUCCACAGAUACGAGCAUCCGGUCAACAGGUGGACCUCCGCGGUCAAGGGGUGGCCAUGAUGAAGAAGAUGGGCAUCGAAGAGGCAGUGCGAGCAGCAGUUGUGCGCGAACCGGGUACGCAGCUCAUCGACAUCCAUGGCCACGUCAAGGCAUUCUUCCCGGCCGCGACCGGCGGCACAGAGAGGCAGAGCAUAACAUCCGAGUACGAGAUCAUGCGCGGCAACCUGGUCAAGAUUCUGUACGCACUCACUGAAAACCGACCCAACGUACGGCAUUUGUUCAACACGACCAUCACGGGUUUCACGCAAGAUGAUGAGGCAGACUCCAACGGCAAAGUCCAUGUGACCUUUGCAGACGGACGCCAAGAGGACUUUGAUCUACUCGUUGGCGCCGACGGGACGGGUUCAAGGACUCGCAAAAUGAUGCUGGGCCCAGACGCCCCUGAUCCACGUCACUGGUUGGGAGGCUACAUAGGUUACUUCAGCGUCAAAGCCGAGCCAGGGGACUCUGAUCGGCUCACUGUCUGCGUGUUGCCGGGCGGUCGAGUGCGCCGAAUCAUCAUGACGAGAAAGGAUAUCCCGGAACUGACUCGUGUUUAUAUGAUGUUCCGGGGGAAAGAUGAUGCCCUUGAUGCGGCGAUGAAGUCGGGAGAUUUGUCCCAGUUGAAGAACGCACUGGCUGAUCUGUAUCAAGAUGGCGGAUGGCAAUGUGAGCGAUUCAUGAAUGCACUGCGACACGACCCGGAGGCCAAUGACCUGUACUUCACGCCGUUGGAAGAGGUCCAUCUUCCUAAAGGGUCUUGGUCCCAAGGGCGGGUUGUUCUGAUCGGUGAUGCGGCACACUCGUCGACCGCAGACGGGUACGGAACCACAUGGGGCAUGGUAGGCGCUUAUAUUCUGGCCGGGGAGAUUGCCACGCUGUUGAAAAGAGACAAGUUGUCGCCGACCGCGGUUGUGAUUCAGGCGGCAAAGAACUACGAGGACAAGUUUCGACCCAUAGCCACUGCAAGUCACGGCGGCAGCCAGUGGUUUGAGAACCUGGCCUCACCCACGUCGACUUGGGGUAUUGCCAUUUUGCAUGCCUUUGCAAGGCUAGUGGCAUAUUUCCGAGUUGAUCAAAUGGCCGGUCUCAGUAAUAAGCAGUCCAAGUGGAAGCUCCCCAAAUAUCCUGAACUGGACCAGGCGAAUGAAGCAUGA